AUGGCUGAGAUCCGUCGCAAGCUCGUUAUCGUAGGCGAUGGUGCCUGCGGUAAGACCUGUCUGCUCAUCGUCUUCUCGAAGGGCACCUUCCCUGAGGUCUACGUUCCUACCGUCUUCGAGAACUACGUUGCCGAUGUUGAGGUGGAUGGCAAGCACGUCGAGCUUGCUCUUUGGGAUACUGCUGGCCAGGAAGAUUACGACCGUCUCCGUCCUUUGUCAUACCCCGACUCCCACGUCAUCUUGAUCUGUUUCGCCGUUGACUCUCCCGAUUCCCUUGACAACGUCCAGGAGAAGUGGAUUUCCGAGGUCCUUCACUUCUGCCAGGGUCUCCCUAUCAUCCUGGUUGGUUGCAAGAAGGAUUUGCGUCACGACCCCAAGACCAUUGAGGAGCUCAACAAGACCUCCCAGAGCCCCGUCAGCGCUGACCAGGGUGAGGAGGUUCGCAAGAAGAUCGGUGCCUACAAGUACCUUGAGUGCUCUGCUCGCACAAGCGAUGGUGUUAAGGAGGUCUUCGAGGCCGCCACCCGCGCGGCCUUGCUUAAGAUCACCAAGGGCCGCAAGAAGGACAAGAAGAGCUGCUUGAUCCUGUAA